ACCGGCGAAAUUAAAAUAUCGCGGUGUCAUUGUUUCUAUGGAAACGUGCUGUAUACGUUUUCUGAAACAGGUGGUUUUUAUGAAAUUUCUAUGGACAGUAAUACUGUAGUUACUGGAGUAGAUGUCUGGAUAAUUCACAUGUUUACAGGGAGUUAUGUAAAUAGCCGAGGAUAAUAAGUGUGUCAAUAUACGUGAGGAAUAUGUGAAGUGUUUUCGGAAGUUGAAUUCGAGAUUUGAGAUUGACACCAGAAAACAGGACAAAUGUUACAUCUUGAAACAGUUGCUGAGCAGCCAAUGCACGCGGUUGAAGAUAUUCCAUUGCCCGAUAAUAGCGAACCGUCUCCGCCAACCGCUAACGGCAAAACUUUACGAACAACCGACGACGGAGCACUGCAAGUUGGUGCCGAGAAACCACUGGAAGUUAUUGAUGAAAAGAAACAACCCCGGGUACCUACCGAUAUACCAUUGCGAGUUAUCAUCGAGAAACCUUCGCAUGAAACAAACGGAGUGCCCCUGUUAGAAAUUAACCAGCAACCUUUGUCGACGAUUACAAAACAACCAUUACCAGCAAAACAACCGUUAUCAGCAAAACAAUCAUUACCGGAAUUACCUCGUAAAAGAUCCCCCGUUGAAGAAUCAGCUUCGAUAAGAAAUUGUUUUGCGGAUAGUGAGUUCGCGAUGGAUCUGUCGCCCAAACAGAAUCGGGCGAUGGAAAGACAUCCUAAUUCUCCUACAAUUGCCCGACCACCGGCGGAUGGAUGUGAAGUCUGGCACACUUCAGAACCGAUGUCGGCAAUACAAGAAAAUAACGCCAACGAUGUUGUGAUCGGCUUUGAGGGAUUUCAGGUGGACCCUGAGAGUAAACACAAAGCAUGGUUGAUGACGAUGGACUACGUGCAGAAGUUCGACAUUGAGUUAGACAAGGAGAUAUAUUACGCGGGAGAAUUGGUAUCUGGGCGCGUGAUUGUCAUAACAACAGAGAAUAUCAAGGUGAAAGGUAUUAGAUUAACACUUCGAGGGAAGGCACAUACGGAAUGGAAAAUAAAUAAAGCUGGGGAAACUCGAACGUUAAAAGAUGACGAGUAUUAUAUAGACGACAAAAGGGUGCUUUGGGGAAAAGAUAAAAAUGAAGAUAUUGCUAUUACUCCGAUUUUACCACGGGGUCAGCAUACCUACAGUUUUGAGUUCAAACUACCAGAAACUGCGUUGCCUUGCUCAUUUGAAAGUAAAAUAGGACAUGUUCGUUACUACUUACGUGUUGUCAUGGAUAUACCGUACGCAUCCCCUCCACAAGGCAUCAAGUAUUUUACCAUCAUAGGACCUCAUAUUGACUGCAUGGAAGACAAAUAUCUAUCACCGAAGUACGCAGACGACAAAUAUCGGACAUGUUGCUUCUGUUGCGUUCGAGGACUGGUUCGCAUUCAAGCGACGCUUGAACGAAGUGCCUAUUGUUGUGGAGAACAUAUCCGGGUCAAAGCAGAAAUACAAAACGGAAAUGACGAACCAGUAUAUCUACUCUGUAAAUUUGUACAGUAUGUUGAAUAUUACAUGGAUAAAGGUGUAUUGGGUAUCAUGAAGUCAUUAAGUCACACAGUGUGGGAAUACCAGACAGACACUGUGAGAUCCAAUCAUGUUCAAAAACAAGACAAGCUUCAAGAUGACCUACAAGUGCCAGUGGUACCGCCGACACUCAUUGACGUGUGCGGUCUCAUUCAAAUUCACUAUAUGCUCAAGUUGUAUGUUGUUGGGGAGAGUUCCGGUCAGAUGAUGCACGUGCAAUUCCCAAUCACCAUAGGAACGGUUCCAUUCCGAAUACCUAGUAUGCCUUCACCACAAAUGAUGUAUGAGAUAGCAGCUGAUUACGUUGAAGGCGGGAAAUACAUAAGUUCCGAGUUUCAACUAGGUCAAGUAUACAUGGGUGAUGAGUUCCAAGACCACGAUGAAGUUAUUCUUUACCGACCAGUGUAUUCUUGCGUUCCCCAUGAGAAAAUCGCGGUCACUAAUACAAAAAGGGGAGCUCAAUCGAGAGAUCCGGCAGACGGUCAACCGGAAGGAGCGGAAGCAGUCUGUGAAGAAAUAAAUGUACUUCCGGUUCGGAAAAAAUCUCAAAAAUCAUUGGAUAAAAAAGACUCAGCUAAAUUCGGAGACAGACUAAAACCGGAGGUGGUAACCGUAGAUGAAGUGAGUUCGUCGGAACCAUGGGAGGUCAUUGCGUUGAAGAAGUGAAAGUUUGAAAUAAUAUGGAAUUCUUUAUUGAAACAAAACCAAGAAGAGUUGAAACACGUGUUACAGUAUUUGAUUAAUAGGAAAUACCUAAAUUUUAAUACACCAUAAUUACAUAAAACCAUUUAAAUUUACAUGAACCCCCAAUUGUUUUGAAAUGAUAUAUACCGACAAUCUUUGAUAAGGAUUUUUCUUUACGUUUAAAUUUGCCUUAUGUGUUGAUGCAUUUAUCUUAUGUUGAAUAAAAUCCACCAUUUUUCAUUCAUGCAUUGUUUUGCACGUGUAAAUUGUGUUCAGAAAAUGUUCAUUUUUAUAAUAUACUUUAACAUGCGUUCAUUUCAUAUGGUAUCGUAGCUUUAUUCAUAUAAAUGUUUAUUUUUUGUGCAAUAUUUUCGUUCAAAUGUCUAAAUGAAAAACUGUAAAUAAGAAAUAAUCUAAAAAAAAGUAUAUGUGCAGAAUCACUGGACCAAAUAUUAUCUCAUAUAAUGUAUGUGACAUUUAUUAUGAAACAUGUGAUGCAUUUCUUGUAUUAAAAUAUAAUUAAUGGUUUAAAUAUGACUAACUUACUUGAGGUGUUUUUUUGCUAAAGUCAUAGCAAUUUGCAAGUCAAGUGAAUGGUAUAAAAUAAUCAUCUUACAAUACCAUAUACGGAUUAUGAUUAUCAUAAUAAAAGCAUGUACAUAAUUAAAGCAGCAUGCCUCCAGAUUCAUGCUGAUUUUCAUGAAUUUUUUAAAAAUGUAUGUAAAAGUGAACUAUUGUGAAGGGAACAAAGAAAAUUUGCUAAAGUCAUAGUCUUUUCCAGUGUAGAUUCAAGUUAAUACAUGUAGUAUGAAAAUAAUUGUCUUACAAUACCAUAUAUGGAUUAUGAUUAUCAUAUUAAUAAACAUAUGUACAUAAUUGAAGCGGCAUGCCUCAAUAUUCAUGCCAAUUUUUAUGAAUUUUUACAAAGUGUAAUUUUGUGAAGUGAACAAAGAAAAGUAAUUGCACAUUGCACAUUUCAUGCAACACUUGUAACCCACGAAAAUUACCAAAAUAGUCAAAAAUAUGCAAAAAUAGCCCUUACAGCGUUAUAUGAUGAUAAAUGCUGCAAAAUCAGUCCUUAAUUCCUAAUAACAUGUUAAUGAUAAAUUAAAUCUUAAAUAUUUUUACUUUUCUUAAAAUCUUAGUACACUUUUCUCAAGUUUAAGUUUCUUGAAAUAUUUUGACUCAUCUGGAGGCAUGCAGCUUUAAAGACCAAACACGUAUUUUCCAUUCACAUGAAAUAAUAUAUAAGAUGUAAGCUUUCAGAUAUCUAAGGAAACAUGUACUUAGUUACCAAAAAGUUGAAUUUUAUUCUUUAAGUUUUAGAAUUUGAUUGAACUGGGCUGAUUUUUGACUGUUGAUGCCCCCAAAAAUGUUUCAGGUAGAGCUUGGUUUGUUCACUCGUUUCUCAAGCAUUUUCAUUUAUUGCAAAUAUGUUAAAUACAUGUCUUUAAUGCGUUUGAGUGGUUUGGAGAUCUUCAACCUCGGAUAGCUUUUAAGAUUGUUUGGGCUAAGCCCAAGGUCACUGAUGCUUAUGAUUUUCCUUU